AUGCGCUGCUAUCGCGUCACCGGCGUUGGCCAGGAACUCGACAAAAUCAACGGCCAGGAUUCUCGCUGGGGAUAUUUCAGCGUGGCGAGGGAGUAUAACAAGGCAUUCCUAGGCGUUCCUGACGAGACAGAUCCCGGGAUGCUCACCGUCUAUCACCCGCGUCUCUCAUGGUGGAACAUAGGAGAGCAACUGAAACGAGACUGGUGGACACUGAUUCUGUGCGUACACAUGCGCUGCUGGACUCUGGCACAACGUAUUAUCGGCUGCACAGUCGAUUCAGAGCAUCUAAACCCUGUCGCGGCGUUACUGUUGCGUCAGGCGCGGGAUAAUUUGGAUCCAUACGCGGAUCCUCGGCCUUUGAAGAUUGCCAGCAUGAAGAAGCUCAUUGAGAGUCACAGUAAGGAGAAGAAGAAGAAAGAGAAAAAGGAAUGUUCGCGAGUCUCUCUCCUGCCGUAUGAAAUCCGCUGUGCCAUUCUCGACCACUUGGACUACCAGGCCUUCCCUCGACUGCUGGAGGCCAUGCAAUACCCGCUGGAAGACUCAUACUGGCGCUCGCGGAUGGCCGUCUACCUGCUCGGGAUGGACGAAGUCGUCGAGACGGUACAGCAGCAAAAGGGACCGCUCGACUGGCCUGGGUUGUGCGUGGCGACAGAAGGCCUAGAUGCCUCAACGGAUGCCUUCAAGCUCCGCCAUCAGGUAGUCAACACCCUACAGGAGGUCAAGGUACAGCUUUGUCGAUACUUGAAAGGAGAGCAAUCGAUUUCCCUGCCUGAUGUCUUGAAUCAGAUCCAGGAUGAGAUGAUACAGGAGUUCUGGGAAGACCACGAGGUGCUUCUCAAAGACUGGGACUGGGUGAACCCUAAUAUGAUGCAGUGUCUGAUUGAUGCAGGGUUUCUACCUGAUUCUUCUAUCUAGCAUCAUAAUUAUCUGCAGGUAAAGUAAAAUGGAUAUUAUCUGUUAUGAAAAGGAUGAAAUAUAAAAUGCUAUACACAACAUCCUACUCUCUGUUCCUCAUAGGGAUAAACACACCAUCAAAAACAUACACAGUAAUAGUAUAUUAACUCAAUCUACGGCCAAGUAGAAAAAAAAACAUACAACAGUAGGGAUUCGCUGGUGGUCACCCACCCAACUAC